AGCAUCUCAGCAUUACAUUGCUCUCUCAUUCGAUAGCUGCACAGCUCUUGUGGACACUAUUAGCAUGAGAAGGUACAGGCAUAUGGCUUAGACUCUUUGUUUCAGCCAUCAACCUUGACCGAGGACAAACAAGGAGCGCCGCUUCAUUUUCGUCGAUUCCUAUGUUGAAUCUCCGGGCACAGAUGGUCAGAAUUGAUACCACGUUACUGACUAGGUUUCUAGACCUCAAAACGGACAUUAAUACCUUGCGCGACCUCACUAUGCCAACUAAUCGAGUCACUCACUAUUUUUGUCUGGCGUUUUAAGUAUCUUCGGCCUUGAAGAUGUAUCCUUAUCUCAUCAAGCGGGUUCGCGACACCACAGAUCAGACUGCACCUUGGGACGGUGUUGUUUUCGUACACGAAGUUGGCUCCGAUGAGUUGGGCGAAGCUCUCAGGACCUGCUUUCCUCAAUGCAAAAAUCUACGCGAACGUAAAUACGUGGCGAUCAUUGAGUUUCUCAAGCAUGAGCUCUCCGAAAUGGUAUCGACCAACGCAGCUCAACCUACUGCCAGAAUACCACCAAUGUAUGAUCUGCAGCGCAUGAGUUCUGAGCGCCCAGAGGUGCAGAUUGAUACUAAGGGCUAUGUACAACCACAAGAGACUCCAUCAGUGUCUCAUUCGCCGUCAAGCUCCAACUGCUCUUCGAACCUUCAAGUAAACAGCAGACAACGUCGCGCUGCUCCGCAAGCACCAGCAAUUCUAUCGAUGUUUAUGGAUCCGACGACGGCUACGCACAGCAGCCAGUUUGUCUUCAAUGCAGUCGAUGGACGUACUAUGCAACAGAAGACCAAGAGAAAAAUGACAGUCGAAGAGCGUGUUGACUACAGGGAGACGAGGAGGAGAGGUGCUUGUUCCAAAUGCAAACGCCAGAAGGGCAAGUGUACGCAUUUGAAGGAUGUCGACAGCAACCUCAGCAACCCGAAUAUGAUAGUAGAUCAAUUUCAAAGGAAAAUCUCGAUUGGCGAUACACAUGACACAAAGCUUAGCAACGCACCUAGGCUCCAGGAUACCCCCAGUCAAGACGGUUACGAUUCUGCUGUAAGACAGCAGACUGAUUUGUACCAGCAUCAGGCAGAAUACGCAAGCCGCCGAUCGAGCAACGCAUCCGUGCAACCCCUAUCGGGGUCCGGUAGCCCUCAAUGCCCUGAUACAGUCAGUGAGGGGUCUCAAUUCGAUAUGUCUGGGUACGUACAUCAGUCACAUUCGUUUGAAGAGUUCCCCAUACAAAACCAAGCAUGCUGGCCGGACUACCAACACGACGUCCCUCACAUCAUUGAUUCUUUUCGACCGGCGCCGAGCUUUGAUGAAAACCAGGAUAGGAAUGAUCACUCCGAGAUCCCUUCCAUCUAUGUCGAAGGACCUGAACAGAACGUACAUACGCCGUCCGAGGAUUCUUUUCUGAGCCAGUGGAAUUUAGGCCUGCAACCGUUCCCGGACAAUAAUGGAUAUACUUGAGGCCCCAAGUUCGUGACAUGCCAGUCAUUUACUCUUUGAGCUUACAUACCUUGUCGCCAAAGGAACCAUCAUCGUUGAUCUUUUCCAUGUGCCAGAGCUGGAACUU